AUGUGUAUCACAAACAAAAAUCACUCAGAUGAUGGUAUACCUGCGGAUUGUCCUGGAGUGGAGAGUCCAGAGGCUGGCAUGAAAAGCACAUGCCAAGGAUGCCCCAAUCAGGCCAAAUGUGCCUCAGGCGAGAUGAAAGAGGCACAAGAAAAAAAUCGUUCCGAUGUUUUGGCCAAUCUCAGCCAAGUGAGCAACAUAGUGCUAAUCAUGUCUGGUAAAGGAGGGGUAGGAAAAAGUACCGUUGCCACUCAGCUGGCAUAUAUGUUGAGCGCGAGCAAAAAUGAUGUCGGCCUCCUAGACAUCGACCUUACGGGACCAUCUAUACCUGGCAUGACGAAAACAGAGAAUGCCGAGGUAUUUGAAAGUGCUCAAGGAUGGACGCCGGUGUAUGUUUCCGAUAAACUCUCUGUGAUGUCAAUUGGGCAUCUCCUUAGGGACUCAAGGCAAUCCAUCAUAUGGAGAGGGCCCAAGAAAGACAGUCUCAUUAAACAAUUUCUCGUUGGCGUUGAUUGGGGUCACCUGGACUAUCUAAUCGUGGAUUGCCCACCAGGAUCUAGCGAUGAACAUAUCACCAUAUGUAAUUUACUCCGGGAGAAGAAACCCAUGGCUGUGCUAGUAACAACGCCGCAAAAAAGAUGCGUGGACGAUGUAUACCGCUCAGCAUCAUUUUGUCAAACUGCAAAUCUACCAAUAGCAGCGCUAGUGGAAAACAUGACGCAAUCUGUAUUUGACAGCAAACAAGGUUCAAACACACGUGAACUAUGCGAACGGUUCAAUAUUAAGCAUAUCAUGAAACUCGAUAUGCAUCAGGAAAUAGUUGCAGCAGGGGAAGAAGGAAGGCCCAUCGCAAAUUUAGAAUGUCUCAGACCCUUGGAGAAACACAUCAAAGCCACGCUAGAGAACAUUAAACAUUAA